AUGAAGUCUCGGCUCAAGCACAGAAUCACAAACGAGGGCGUCGAGGUGAGCAACAGAGUGUCGUCGAAGGUCUUUGAAUACAUUUCCUCGAAAAGUGGUGGAGAGCAAAUUGCAUCCUCGCCGGUCAGGAUACUGAUUGCACAGUGGUUUUUCAGGGGGCUGUGGACUGAUGUUAGCGGAGUUCGUAUUGCCCCGUACUCAGUGAAGGCUAUUCAGGACUCUGACAGCGGCAUCAACGGUUCUUCGUCUGCUAUGGCCGCGGCACUUGCGUACUUCUGGAGGUCGUACUUUGAGGAGGUCGAUGUGCAACAAGAUGACCUCCUUGAAAACUUUGCCGAAUUACCAACUGCACGGGUUUGCGAGUGUUCCGGAGUUGACUGCUUGGGCCGUGUGUUGGCAUGCCACAUGGGAAACACUGUCAUCAUGAAUGCCACACUCGCCAACCCGCUAUUGCCUCCUCUACCGCAAACGCAGGGCUCAACGACAGUCGUCGUCCAACUAUCUGCCGAGGACCGCUACAUAGAAUCCAAGAUCGAUGUGUUGGACUGGGUGAUGACCAUCUUGGCGGGCACCGUGGUGGGCCUGCGGAUCUACAACAAGUACAGGAGACGACUCCGGCUCUGGUGGGAUGACUAUAUUGUGAUUGUUGCUUGGACACUGCUCCUUGCUUUCGCCGUCGUCACCAUAUUCGAAGGGCGUGAUGGCAUCGGCAGACACGUUUCAAAUCUCAGCCCUGGGGACAUUCGCGAAUUCGCUCUCCUUGCCACAGUUGCCUCCACACUUGCUAUCAUGACCACCGCACUUUCCAGGAUCGCGUUCGCAGUCUCGCUACUCAGGGUCGCAGAGGGCUGGCCACGUCAUUUCACUUGGGCAGUCAUCUUUGCUUCGAACAUCGUUUCUGGCCUGGCGGGACUUUUUCUUUGGGUUCAAUGUACGCCUAUCAGGAAGAAUUGGGAUAAUCUUAACUUCGGAUAUUGCUGGGCUCCUCGAGUGCGAGUAGCUAUCCCGAUCAUAAACACUGCUGUGGGUGGGUUCUUGAAUGUAUUCAUCUCCCUUGUCGGACUCUAUAUCGUCCGCAAGAACACGGCAAGACAGAGGGACUGGGUUGGAGCUUUAGUGCUCACAGCGCUCGGGAUCUUUGCCGGCAUUGCUAGUUGGGUGAAGACAUCUGUCAUGCACAUUCUUAUUGGAGAUGAUGUUACAUUUGAUAUUGUCACUCUAAUUAUAUGGGGAAUGAUUGAACCGGCUGUCAUCAUUAUAGCAGGCUCUCUGCCAGAACUUCGCUCCUUUGUUUGGAGAGAUACCGCGCCUUCCGCUCCUUACCUCAUGCCGUUCACUAGGCGUCGCAAUGGGAUCCAGUUCGACGCCGACUUCGAAUUUGCCCGGCAGCAGUAUCUGGAAGCUGGAGGCAAGACUAUCAAAGACUACGGCACUGAGUCUAAGAAGAGCUGGGUUUAG